AUGGGCUGAAUUGACAUGGCCACAAUCAAGGCCAUAGAAAGCCGUUCUGUGCACCAGAUACAGUCGGGCCAGGUCAUUGUCGACCUACAGUCUGUCUGCAAAGAGCUAGUGGAAAACAGCAUCGAUGCAGGCGCCACGGCCAUUGAGGUCCGCUUCAAGAACUACGGUCUCGAUACUAUAGAAGUCCAGGAUAACGGCUCUGGCAUCUCACCCGAAGACUACCAAACCAUUGCCCUCAAGCACUACACUUCCAAGCUUGCCACCUACGACGACCUCACAUCGCUGCAGACAUUUGGCUUCCGUGGCGAGGCCUUGUCAUCGCUAUGUGCCCUCUCCAAAUUUCACAUCAUCACAAGCCGAGUCUCAGAUGGGCCAAAAGGCACCAGGCUCGACUUCGAGCAGUCGGGCAAGCUCAAGGGAACGUCGGUCGUGGCUGCUAAGCAGGGCACUACCGUCGUGGUCGACACUCUGUUCCAUAAUCUACCCGUCAGACGAAAGGAACUCGAAAAGAACAUCAAACGCGAAUACAACAAGGUCCUACAUCUGCUGAAUGCAUAUGCAUGCAUCAGUGUCGGAGUCAAGUUUUCGGUCAGCAACCAGAUACCCAAAGGGAAGAAGACAGUAGCCUUUGCAACCAAUGCAAAUACCAGCACGCGGGACAACAUCUCCAAUGUGUUUGGUGCAAAGACAGUGACCGCCCUCAUACCCCUCAACCUCAAGUUCAUCAUGGACCCCUCCAAUAGGCCGGGUGCCACACAAAGUAUCAAGGCCCCGGACGCGCACGACGACAUAGAAUCGCGGACCGUGAGGAUAGUAGGUCACAUAUCCCGUCCCGUCGUGGGCGAGGGCCGUCAGACGCCAGACAAACAAAUGUUCUUUGUGAAUUCGCGGCCCUGCAACCUGCCUCAGGUUUCCAAAGCAUUCAAUGAGGUCUACAAAUCCUACAACAUCACACAGUCUCCUUUCAUCUUUGCCGACAUCAAACUUGACACAAACGCCUACGACGUCAAUGUAAGCCCAGACAAACGCACCAUCAUGCUCCACGACCAAGCAGUGCUCCUGGAGAACAUCAAGGACUCCCUACUCGAGUUGUUCCAGGGACAUGAACAAAGUGUACCUCAGUCCCAGCUGCUAAAAAAUAAAACACCGACAUCUGCCUUUAAACCUCUCACGAUCCAGUCUCAUGAAAGCACUACAUCUGUACGAGAAAGCGAUCAGAGCGAUCCAGAAGACUCGGAUGAUGACGGGGCAGUAAUACAAGAAAGCUCUAGAAGAGCUUCGACACGAGACGUGCCGGAUGUGAAUAACCGUCCAGGAUUUGUGAAAGCGAGCCUUCUCGAACGAUUUGCUGGCCGCGACUCUGGAGACCGGACGACUCGUCCACCACAUAAGCUUGCAAGAGACAGUUCAUUGCAUAAUGAUGAAAGUCAUCCAACCGAGACGACUCGUCCACGAUCACAAUCUCCACUAUUUGAACCCGAAGUAAACACAGGUGAUGUUACUGCUGGGCACCCGCAGGUUCCCAGGGCCAUUCAAGACUUUAAUGCACAACAGCCAGUCCCGGCUAUAAAGCAAACUCCCCAGAAGCCCUCAUCACAAAGCACCAUUCAGAAUGCUUUUGAUCGUAUGCGCCCCAUGCGAACACCGGUUCAGCAGGCCACAAUAACUGUUGGUGAUACUACAACUGUCUCUACAAUUGGUACUGGUAGUCAUUCGGUAGCUUCAAGGCGAUCGAGGAUACACAUCCCAAAGUCUUCCUCUUCUGCCAAGUCAUUAGAUCAGACGCCAAAUAAAAAUCUGUUCAAGAAGGGAUUGGGCGGGUUCACCGCACCUGGCACGCAAAUGGAGAGCAGUGACGAAGACGAGGAUGAAGAUGAAGAUGAAGAUGACGAGGAUGAGGAUGAGGGUCAUGGAAACACGACUCAUGUACCGAUACGCUCUCCCUCUCCCGCGAAACGCUUGCCAUCCAGGCCACUCGAGGGGCCACAAGAACCAGAGGCAGCUGGUGAAGAUUCCGACGAUGAGUACGAGGACGAUACCGAGAAGAAGGCCAGAGAGGAAGCCAGGUUUACUAAGUUAAUUGCUGAGGCUGAAGAGACUGCGGCUCAGCCCAGUGAGAUGAGCCUAAAGCGUGCCGACAAACUCUUUACGGUCGCCCAAAAGAAGCACUGGACUAUCAACCUCAGGCGUGUCAUCAAGACUAAUAUUGAAUCGAUUGCCCGUCAUGCGCAGCACAUUCAACCCUCUUUCAAUGCAUCUCGGGCAGAAAUUGACCAAACGGCGAUACUGUCUACUGACGCCCAGUCAAACGGAGAAGAGGCAGAAGAACGCCUCAGUCUAACAGUAACAAAAGCUGAUUUUGGAAAAAUGCGUAUAAUCGGCCAAUUCAACCUAGGCUUCAUCAUAGCCGUACGGCCCCCAACCUCAACAUCGCCCAACUCUCAUCUCUUCAUUAUCGACCAGCACGCCAGCGACGAAAAAUACAACUUCGAACGCUUAUCCGCAACCACCAAACUUGUCUCCCAGCGUCUCGUGCACCCCCACCCCCUCGAACUAACCGCCGUAGAAGAAGAAAUCAUCCUCGCAAAUCAACCCACCUUAGCUGCCAAUGGCUUCGUCGUCGAGCUCAACCCUACAUCUGAGACCGAACCCCGGCCCGGCACCCGCGCAAGCCUCACCUCCCUUCCCAUGUCCAAAGAGGUAACCUUCACCCCCUCUGACCUCGAAGAGCUCCUUUCCCUCAUCCUCGACAACCCUCCUUCUUCCUCCACCUCAUCUUCAUCCGCAUAUAUAUUGCGCCCCUCUAAAGUCCGCAAGUUACUCGCUAGUCGUGCGUGCAGGAGCUCGGUUAUGAUUGGUAAGACGCUCAAGACGCAGCGUAUGCGCGAGAUUGUAAGGCAUAUGGGGGGUAUGGAUAAGCCAUGGUCUUGUCCGCACGGAAGGCCGACAAUGAGGCAUCUGCUGGAUUUGGAGAAGUGGGUAGGUUGGAAGGAGGGGGACGGGGUUGUGGGAGUUGAGGUUAAAGGAGGGAAGACGGAUUGGGGUGAGUAUUUGAGGUGUAGGGGGUAAGGUAGAGUCAUGGAGUUGUAGAUGGGAUAUUUUGGGCAGGGUAGAUUAUAAGGAUAUUGCUUGUAUUGGGGGGUUGGCAGUGGUAUGGUAGUGUAGUUGUGGCUAUGAUAUCCAAUUAUUAUUAGCUUGCCAUUUUGACACCGAAUUGUUU